UCUCGACGCACAUUGCCUGCCCACGUCGCGUGACGGUAGAUACAGACAGUCGACGCUGCCGGAUACCUUCCCAGUCUAACGAUCGUGCACGGAGAUACGCUCUGGUCUUGACUGCGCCGAACUUGGGAUCGCGAAUACCGAGCACAGAUCGCCAUAACCGCGCGCUGUCGCAUUCGCGAUGAAGAGCUUCGGCUGGUGACCAUUUGGCGAUGGCAGACGCCGCGAGCUCCCCUACGAGCGGCCGUCGUCGCAGCCCCCGCGGCGCCGGCCACGAGCCAAGAAGCAAUGGGGGCACAUCCCUGUAUCGCCUCAACUCUAACCAUAGCAAUGCGAGCGUCUUCGAGGAUGUGGAGAUGGCGCAUGAAGAGCUCUACUCCGGCCCCAUGGCCGAGAGCCUGCCUACCAGUGUAUCGGCGUUCUCCCAUCGCAGAGUACGGGCCGACUCAACGGCGAGCUUCACAUACUACGAAGAGGAGACCGAGCUCGCGCCGGAACCAGACGACGACCGCGAAAGUAUCUAUCGCAGGCCGAGCACCUCUGGCAGCUACAUGCGCCGCAGUAUCAGCGACAUUGGUGACGUAAACGAGUUCGAGUUUUGUGUCGACGAUGACGAAGAUUCAGCCGAUCGCGAGUACCAGGCUACCGAGGACGACUACGUCCUCCGCAGAUGCUCUUCGGCCCAGUCACGCACCUCGGUCCACGCCCGUCUACUCCGCCACGAUAGCGCUGCAACGGCAGCAAGCGCUCGUCAUGAAGGUCGCGCAAGUCAAAAGAUCUACAUGCCCAACGAGGACCUGACUAUCGCCGUUGCCGGCUUUCGCACUAGCAAGGUCGGCUACGCCUGUUACGUCUCCAUGUGCGUUGUAUCCUGUGGCCUUGCUUUCCUACUUUUCCGAUGGCUUCCGCGUUGGUAUGUUGGGCUUGCCGGUCGUCAGUCAUCACUAAGAGAGUGCCAUUGGGUUGUCAUCGAAAAUCAAUGGGGCGAGCUCGCCAUGAUAUCGGUCAGGACGCAGCUCUACGGGCGACCUCUCUCCUCUGUCUUUGGCGUCUCUGAGAAGAUGCUCGCCUAUGGUCUCGAUGAUGAAGACAGCGAUCCUUUAAUGGAUAAUCUCCGGACCCUCGACUAUCGCUAUGUUCGCCUUUGCUACCACCCUCUAAAGGAUAAGUUCGUCAUGUCUACUGGGUGGAAGGACCCAGAAUGGACUGAUGUCCGUGCCGUGCGCGCUGGGCUUGACAGCGACGAGAAAAACAUUCGCGAGGUUAUCUUUGGCAGCAACCUGAUCGAUGUCGAGCAGAAGCCUGUUGGCCAGCUGCUUGUUGACGAGGUACUGCAUCCCUUUUACAUGUUCCAAGUAGCCAGCCUGGUUCUCUGGUCCAUGGACUCGUAUUACUACUACGCCGCCUGCAUAUUCGUCAUGUCCGUUGGUAGUAUUACCGCCACUCUUAUUGAGACCCGCGCGACCAUGAAGAGGCUCAGGGAAAUAUCACGAUUCGAGUGCGAUGUGCGCGUUCUUCGAAAUGGAUUCUGGAGAUACGUCGCAUCCAGCGACCUGGUCCCAGGAGACAUCUACGAGCUCAGCGACCCUAAUCUGACACAAUUCCCGAGCGAUGGACUGCUUCUGAGCGGAGACUGUAUUGUCAACGAGAGCAUGCUGACCGGUGAAUCUGUGCCGGUCUCGAAGCUGCCAGCCACGGAUGAGGUGCUCCGGGCUAUGGACCUUGGAGCGGCGUCCGUCUCACCUGAGACUGCACGACAUUUCUUGUUCUGCGGUACCAAGAUUAUCCGUACAAGGCGACCACAUGAGGACGAGGGUGGUGACGCCGUUGCUCUUGCUCUGGUGGUGCGGACUGGCUUCAACACGACCAAAGGCGCCCUCGUCCGUUCCAUGCUGUUUCCUAAACCUUCGGGAUUCAAGUUCUAUCGCGACUCUUUCAGAUACAUCAGUGUCAUGGCCAUGGUCGCUUUGCUUGGCUUCGUGGCCUCAUUCAUCAAUUUUGUCAGGCUCGACCUCGCGUGGCACUUGAUUAUCGUGCGAGCAUUGGAUCUUAUCACCAUCGUUGUGCCUCCCGCCCUUCCCGCUACCCUUACCAUUGGCACCAACUUCGCGCUUGCACGCCUCAAGAAGAAGCAGAUAUUCUGCAUCAGCCCUCAGCGGGUCAACGUCGGCGGCAAACUGGACAUUAUGUGCUUCGACAAGACAGGAACGUUGACAGAGGACGGCCUCGAUGUGCUGGGGAUCCGGGUUGUCUGCCUGGAGACGCACAAAUUCAGCGACGUCAUGUCGGAGCCGCCAUCCAUGGAGAGCCGUACAGGCAACGCCGUGUCACAGAAGCGGAGCCCUACCAAGGCAGCUCUUUACACCAUGGCAACGUGCCACUCCCUUCGGUCUGUGGACGGUGGCCUCGUCGGGGACCCGCUAGACGUCAAGAUGUUCGAGUUUACCGGCUGGACUUUUGAGGAAGGCAAGCACCGGGUCGGCGAUGGCGAGGACGAAGAUCAAGGCGGACUUGCCCCCUCCAUCGCGCGCCCACCCGACGGAUCUGCCGAGCUCGGUGUUCUGAAAUCAUUCGAGUUCGUGUCACAGCUGAGACGAGCUAGCGUCAUUGUCCGUCAUUUUGGGCAGAAGAGCGGCGACAUCUUCGUCAAAGGAGCGCCCGAGGCGAUGCGAGAAAUCUGUCGACCGGAGAGCUUUCCUCAUGACUACGACGAGCUUUUGUCGUAUUACACCCACAAGGGAUAUCGCGUAAUUGGUUGCGCGACACGCCACCUGCCGAAGCUUAGCUGGGUCAAGGCCCAGAAAAUGACUAGAGACGAGGUUGAGAGCCAUCUUGACUUUGUGGGGUUCAUCAUUUUCGAGAACAAGCUCAAGCCCACCACAGCGGGCGUGCUGAAGGAACUGCUCGAGUCCAACAUUGGCGCGGUAAUGGUGACAGGCGACAAUAUCCUCACAGCCAUUAGCGUCGCGCGGGAAUGCGGGAUGUUGAGUCGCAACGCGCAUUGCUUCGUGCCGCGGUUCACGCGUGGUGAUGCGCGCGAUCCCAUGGCUGAGCUGCACUGGGAAAGCAUUGACAACAACGCCUACAGCCUUGAUAAACGAACGCUGCUGCCUUUACCUGUGCCCCCUGAGGCUGACGCUUCUUUGCCGUUUGACAUUUCGAAUCUGCGCAACUACUCUCUGGCUGUCAGCGGAGAAGCCUUCCGCUGGAUUGUGGACUAUGCAUCGCCAGAGGUUCUGCGAACGAUGCUCGUUCAGGGCAAGGUGUUCGCACGAAUGUCGCCAGACGAGAAGCAUGAACUGGUUGAGAAGCUUCAAAGCAUAGACUACUGCUGCGGGUUCUGCGGUGAUGGCGCCAACGAUUGCGGUGCGCUCAAGGCAGCGGACGUUGGCAUCUCCUUGUCAGAAGCCGAAGCGUCCGUGGCGGCACCGUUUACGUCGAGGGUGUUUGACAUUGGCUGUGUCCUCGAAGUCAUCAAGGAGGGGAGGGCUGCACUUGUGACGAGCUUCAGCUGCUUCAAGUACAUGAGCCUCUACUCGGCAAUUCAGUUCACGUCCGUGAGCUUUCUGUACGCCAAGGCAUCCAACCUUGGCGACUUCCAGUUCCUCUUCAUCGACCUUCUUCUGAUCCUGCCCAUCGCCAUAUUCAUGGGAUGGGCCGGCCCCUCACCGAAGCUGUGCCGGAAGCGACCAACGGCGGACUUGGUGUCGCGCAAGGUCCUGACACCGCUUCUGGGCCUCAUGGGCAUCUGCAUCUUUGUCCAGGCUGUGGCGUAUGUGACGGUGCGGGAGCAGAGCUGGUACAUACCGCCCAAAGUCAAGCACGACGAAUCAAGCAUCAAAAACUCGGAGAAUACGGCCUUGUUUUUGGUGUCGUGCUUUGAGUACGUGUUGUCGGGGGUGCUCCUGAAUGCAGGGCCGCCUUUCCGGCAGGGCACCCUGCAGAACUGGCCUUUUAUGGCGACGAUCACCUUGGCACUGGGUGUAUCGGUGUACAUGGUGCUGGCCCCGGCGCAUUGGCUCAAGAAGCUUAUGCAGUUGACGAGCAUGAGCCGAGGGUACGAGAUGGCACUGAUAGGGCUUGGAGUGGCAUACAUAGGCUUAGCCUGGGGAUUUGAGCGGCAUCUGGCGCUGCGUCUGGCGAGGGUUUUUGGGGCGGCCAAGGAGCGUCUCACGGGAAGAGGCAAGAAGCGCAAGGAGUACAAAAUAAUCAAGGAGGGUAUCUGGGGCCAGUAGGCGGCGAAGGUAUUGACGGCUGACGGGGGUGGGCGGACGGCGUUGGGGAUAGACAGUUGUCCAUGGAUGGUAUGAAGACGCACGCCCUACUUACGGGGAGCCAGCUCGGUGCGGCGCGAUGCACAGUCGAUGCCAUUAUAAUUUGACAUACAUUGUACGAGCACUUUGUACGUAGGG